AUGACAAAUGAAUACUCCGGACGCCUGGCGGUGAUAGGCGGCGGCAUUGGUAAGAGAGUCCAGCUGCACAUCCAAUUCAACCUGCAGCAGAACGUCAUCUUUACCCAGCAUGCUCACGUGCAAGCAGGUGGCCUUGGGUCUGCGACCGCUCGCCGGUUGCACUCUCACGGCGCGGAGGUGGUGCUUUUGUACGCCCCCUUUGAGCGAGCCCGCGUCCAAGAGACCGUGGAGCGAGUAUUCGGCAACGCGUCGAUGGAGGGGGUCUACACGUUCGAGACCGACAUCACGGCCGAGGCCUCGGUCAAGGAUGUCUUCGAGCGCAUCGGGGACUUGAAGACGGACGCUUUCCCCAGCAUUCUGAUCAAUGCCGCUGGCUACGUGUCCGUGCAAUCGCUCGAAGAGACGUCCGCGGAGGAAGCAUUGAAGAAUUUCCUGCCCAACCUGCUCGGGCCACUGAACUGCAGUAACGCCUUUUUCCACCUCUAUCAGCGCAAGGCUGCCGAGCUGAAGAAGCAGACAGGCGAGGUGUCACCACCCCCGGGGCGCAUCGUUUCCAUCGCGUCUCAAGCCGCACAUGUCGCGCUGGACGGGCACGGCGCGUACUGCGCCUCCAAAGCCGGCCUGCUUGGCCUGACGAGGUGCCAGGCCAGCGAGUGGGGGCCCAAGAGCAUCACUUCAAACACCGUGUCUCCGACGGUGACGUGGACGCCGUUGGCGGCCAAGGCGUGGGCGGACGAGGAGAAGAAGGCCAAGCAUCUCAGUGAGAUUCCGACGGGGCGCUUCGCCGUGCCGGACGAGGUCGCUGCGGCGAUUGAAUUCCUGUGCAGGGACGAGAGUGGCAUGAUCAACGGGAGUGACGUUAGGGUUGAUGGUGGGUUCACGAUAAGAUAG